AUGUCCUUUAAUAUAAAAGAAAAAGGAGGUGGAGGUGAAGGUGGAUCUAAUAUUAAUAAUUUAAUCAAUAAUAAUAAUAAUAGUAAUAUUUUUAAUAAUACAAAUAUAAAAAAUACAAAUAAUAGUAACAACAAUAGUAAUAAUGGUUCAAAUAUAACUACCAGGGUUAAUACCACUACCAGGGUUAACAAUAAUGAUACCAAUAAUAAUAAUAACAAUAAAAACAAAAAUAACAAUAAUAAUAAUAAUAAUAAUAAUAAUAACAAUAAUAAUAAUAAUAACAAUAACAAUAAUAAUGUAAAUGUUAUUUCAAAACAAUUUGAUUGGUUAUUUAUUGGUGAUCCAUUAGUAGAUAGUUUAAAGGUAUUAAAAGAAGAAAAAUCACACGAUUUAAUAUUAUUGGAAGCAUCACUAGAGGACAUCGAUAGUCAAAUUAAAGCAUUCAAAGAGAAAAGAGAUACGAUAGUAAAAGGUAUUGAAAAAACAACCCUUGAAAAUAAUAAACUUAGUAAUGAAAUCGCCCAUUGUAAAUCAACAGUUUAUUCAAAAUGGAAAUCAAUAUCUGAUAGAUAUCAAUUAAAUCCAAAUCUACAAAAUCAUACACAUAUAAAUACUCAUAAAUUUAUAAAUACAAAUACUAUAACAAAUAAUACAAAUAAUAAUAAUAAUAAUAAUAAUAAUAAUAAUAAUAAUAAUAAUAAUAAUAAUAAUAAUAAUAAUAAUAAUAAUAAUAAUAAUAAUAAUAAUAUAAACUAUUCAAAUUUAUUAAAUUAUAGUUGUAAUAAUAUAAAUAAUAUAAAUAAUAACAAUAAUAUAAUUAAUGAUGAUAUUAAUAUUAAUGAUAGUAAUAAUAGUAUACAAAAUGCGAUAAAUACUUUUAAUUCUAUUAAUAGUAGUAAUGAUAAUAUUUAUAAUAAUAAUAAUAAUAAUAAUAAUAAUAAUAAUAAUAAUAAUAAUAAUAAUAAUAAUAAUAAUAAUAAUAAUAAUAAUAAUAAUAAUAAUAAUAAUAAUAAUAAUAAUAUUAACAAUAAUAAUACUAAUAAUAAUAAUAAUGUAUAUAGUAAUAGUAGUGAAAAUUGUAAUAAUAAUAUAUAUAUAAAUAAUUUUAAUAAUUUUAAUAUGGAAGGUGAUAACGAAGAGAGUAGUGAUAGUGAUAUGUCACCAUGUCCACAUCAUGUACCACCAUCGAAUACAUUUGUAAUACCAGAUAAUGUAAAUAGUGUGAAUACAUCUAAAAUCAUAUCUACGAUGGAACCAUUUUCAUUGUUUCAAUUAUUACCAUUAGAAGUAAUGGUAAUGAUAUUUGAAAAUCUUUCAUUCCAUGAUGUCCAUUAUUGUGUUUCAUUGGUAUGUAGACAAUGGCAUAGUUAUACAUUUGCCGAUUCCAUUUGGAAGAAUCUAUUCUAUGUUAAAUGGAAUACCUUUGAUAUUCAUCAUCAAAGUGAAUCAAAGUCAUUGAAAACAUUACCACCAUCAUUUUGGCCAAAUUCAACCUUAUCUUCAUCACAACCACCUUUACAACAAUAUCAACAACAACAGCAAUUAUCAAAUUUACCAUCAUCAAUAAUUUUACCAUCUUAUAAUGGUUUAAAAGAUAAUGAAAUUAAUAUUAAUAAUAAUAAUACUAAUAAUAAUAAUAAUAGUAAUAAUAGUAUUAUUAAUAACAUUGAAGAAGAUGAUGAAAAUAUUAAUAAUAAUAAUAAUAGCUUUAAUAAUAAAAGAAUAAGAAUUGAUUGGAGAGAAUUAUUUAGAAAAAGACAAAAAAUUGAAAAUAAUUGGAAUAGAGGUAUUCAUUCAACUAUACAUUUACCAGGUCAUUCAGAUUGGAUAACUUGUAUGCAAUUUGAUGGAAGGAAUUUAGUUACAGGAAGUUGGGAUUCUUCAUUAAAACUUUGGAAUAUUGAAACAGGUGAAUGUUUAGUAUUUUCAAAUAAAGAUAAGGAUGGCCAUAGUUCUGGUAUAACCUGUGUAACCGUUCGAGGUAAUAAAUUAAUUAGUGGAAGUUCCGAUUCAACUUUGAGGGUUUGGGAUAUGACAACCGGUCAAUGUCUAUUAAUAUUACAAGGUCAUAAUGAUGGUGUUAGUUGUUUAUGUAUGAUCGAUGAUACUAUAUUGGCAAGUGGUUCUUUGGAUCAUUCAAUUAAUCUUUGGUCAAUUGAAACCGGUCAAUUGUUACAUUCAUUUACAAAUAAUACUUCAGGUAUCUCUUGUUUGUUCUACAAGAAUAAUCUUUUGAUCAAUGGUACUAUGGGCGGUGCUUUAAAUGUUUUCGAUAUACCAUCAAGAAUCUUAUUGACAACAUUUCAUGGCCAUAGUGAUAGAGUCACUUCAAUUCAAUGGUGGGAUGGUCCUGAAGGUCCAAGAAUUAUUAGUUCCUCUUGGGAUUAUACUCUAAGAGUUUGGAAUUUAUACACUGGUAAAACUACAAAUCUUUUGGCUGGUCAUACUUUUAGAGUUAGAUGUACUCAAGUUAGUGGAAAUAUUUUAGCAAGUGGCUCUUGGGAUACUACCGUAAAAAUUUGGGAUUUACUCACUGGAAGAUGUAUUCAUACCUUAUUUGGUCAUAGUUUUAAUGUUUGGUCCAUUCAAUUCGAAGGUAAUCGUUUGGUUUCCGCUGGUUGGGAUAAAAAAGUUAAAAUUUGGGAUAUGACAACUGGUAAAGAAUUAUAUUCAUUGGAUGGCCAUACCGAAUCUAUCAUUUGUAUUCAAUUUAAAGGUAGUAAAUUGGUUUCUGCUGCAAAAGAAAUUAUUGUUUAUGAUUUUGAUUCUUAA